AUGAGAACACCAAAAUUGUUACUUGAACAAGAAGCAUCGAUGACUGUUGAUCAAGCAAAAAUCUUACUGAGAUAUUAUAGUCAUGCUUUCGUUAGGCGAUAUCGAGGAAAGUUUCUUUGGUGGGAUGUCAUCAAUGAAUUAAUUUCAGAUUAUAGUAAUAAUCGACCAUUUCAUGUGCAAAAUUCGUUACGGUAUCGAAAGUUAUGCAUGGAUUAUGUUACAUAUGCUUUUCAGUUUGCUCACAAAUCCGACUCGAAUUCACAACUGUAUUACAAUGAAUAUUGUAUCGAAGCAGGAGGAUAA